AUGGCUGCGGAUAUGGGUAUGCGCACCUACACCACGAGAAACAUCAUUCAAGCGAAAUUAUUUUCGCCGCAGCAACAGCAGGGUGCGGAUGUGGCAGCCAGCUUGAAGGAGCUGCAAGGGGAGAUGGCGCAUCCAUUGGGCAGCCAGUGCGUCCGCGAUUGCCUCGCCGAGAAGGGCAGCCUAGUGCUGGAUCCGCUGGGUGAAUGUCAGCAGGUCGAGCAGCAGUUCGACUGUACACUGUACUGCAUGUUUGAUGUGGAGCCGCGCUAUUAAGCCAUUAACCGAUAUAGUGCAAAUACGCACA